AUGGACUCUUUAAACAAAGUGAAAAAUGUUGAAUACCCUGAUGGACUGGGUACUGAAGUCCAAUUCCACAAGAUCGAAGUAGCUGAUACCAUAAUACUAAACAUUCUCAUCGAUGGUAUAGUGGACACUACCUUUGAAUUACCGUUGAAUUCCCAACAAUCAAUCAAUAUUUUAUCAGACAUUUCAAAUCUCGAUGAAGAAAGUUUAGGUAUAGAGCCAAUAAUACUAAUAGGAGAUUACAAGAAUUUAAAAAUACAAAUUGUUGCUUCACAAAUUGGGAAAUUAUUUCUUAAAAAGUUGAAAAGUCCUAAGAACGUCAUUUUAUCAAUUGGUUCUAAAUGGUUUGGUAAAGGUGAUGAAUCUACUGAUAGAGAUUUUGAUAAAUUAAUGUUUAUAUUAGAAAAUACACUAGAUGUUAUAUAA